AUGUCGACCUUGGAGUACAUGAAAUACGCCCUUAUUCGCACCAUCGUAAACACCAGGCUCUACAUAUUGCGCUCCUCCUAUCUAUCUCCCGCGACCCAGCCCGACUUCACCAAAACCUACCCAUGUCGUCCAGAUCUGUUCCCUUGCCGUGUCUUCGUACCUCGCGACCACAACGGUAACCUCCCGCUCGUCAUCCGCGCCCAUGGCGGCGGCUUCGUUGUCAAUAACCCAGCAGCCGAUGACCCAUUAGCUCGCCAUCUAGCCGAUACUGCGCAGUGUGUGGUCGUCAGCAUAGACUACAGCAAAUCCCCGCAGAACAAGUUCCCCACCGCUUUCGAGGACGUUAUUGCGCAGUCGCUUGCGGUGAUCGAGGAUCCUGAAUUACCCAUUGACAGAAACAGAGUUGUGCUAUGUGGCCACUCUGCUGGGGGAAACCUUGUGCUCGCUGCAGCCCAGGACUCACGGCUUCGCUCCAAGGUGAUGGGUAUAGCAACCAUCUACCCAGCCACCGAUUGGGUGCCGGACGGCAAGACCAAGAUGGCGAAGCGGCCUGACCCAUCGAUUCCUGAUUUCAUCGGUGAUGGUCAUGACGGUAUAAUGCAGUUGUAUUUUGACCCGGAAAACAAGCCUUCUCUUACCGAUCCGCGAGUGAGCCCAACGUAUUUCGAGAGCCGGGAAAGUCUGCCACCGCAUGUGUUGCUUGUUGGAGCCGAGCACGACAUGUUCUGCCACGAAGAUCAAGCGAUGGCUGAAAAGCUUGCGGGCGAUCAGGUCAAGAAUAAGACUGAAGACGGUUGGCGAGCCGAGGGUGUGGAAUGGUUGAAGGUGUACGGCCAACCACAUGCCUUUGAAAUGUUUCCGGUCGAAGAUGUCGAGAAAGAGAAGGCAAGGGUGGAAGCGGUGGACAAGCUGAACGGACACAUUUCAAGAUGGCUUGUCGAAGUUUUCUCUAAUUCAUGA